CCCAGGCAAAGGAACGGUGGAUUUAGACUUGCAAUUCACCCAAAACCUGUGACUGCGACCGUUCUACAACGAAUAGUACUGCACAGCUGGAAUUUGCAGAAUCUCUUGCGGAUCACCUUUUCUCGAAGUCGGGUUUCCUCGGCUCCCGAAGCACUCUUUGCCAGCAUCCAGUUCCCGGUCUUUUUCCAACGAACCUCUGGACAAACUCUCAAAGUCCGAGGCUCAGACAUUCAUCACCACCACGUUAUCUCGACGGGCCUCAUUUGCGAGUGCCAUACUCUAGGCUGAUCCAAGUCCUGGGUUUGGUUGAGCAACGAUGGCGAUGCAGACUCUCCUAACGCCGGAGGAACUGAGAGGCGACCCAACUGAGCUCUUUUCAAUCGUGGGAAAACUGGGCGAAGGCUCUUAUGGUUCCGUGCACAAAGCGCUGCAUAAGCGAACCUCAACAAUAGUGGCUAUCAAACUCAUACCAGCGGACGCCGAUUUGGAGGAAACCAUCAAGGAGAUAAACAUAAUGAAUGGCUGCGACUCGAAAUACGUCGUACAUCUUUACGGGAACUACAUCAAGGAAGGGUAUCUGUGGAUUGUGAUGGAGUACUGCGGGGCAGGGUCCGUCUCCGAUAUCAUGCGGAUAUGUGGCACGACCAUGACGGAAGCGCAAAUUGCGCUGAUUUGCUCUCAUGUACUCGAGGGACUAAACUAUCUGCACGGUUUGAAGAAGAUCCACCGGGACAUCAAGGCUGGAAACAUCCUCCUGAACGUGAAUGGCGAGGCGAAGCUGGCAGAUUUUGGGGUGGCGGGGCAAUUGACGGAGACGCAGGCGAAGCGGACGACAGUAAUAGGCACCCCUUUCUGGAUGGCACCAGAAGUCAUCCAGGAGGUUGGAUAUGGAGUAUUAGCGGACAUAUGGUCUCUCGGAAUCACAUGCAUAGAAAUGGCAGAGGGCCGGCCGCCAUAUCACAAGAUACACCCUAUGCGCGCCAUUUUCAUGAUUCCUACCAAACCGCCACCAAAACUUGAAAACGAAGAGAAAUGGUCAUCUCAAUUCAAGGACUUCAUUGCCCAAUGUCUGAUCAAGAACCCAAAUCAGAGGCCAAGCGCUGAACAGCUGCUGAAGCACCCAUUCAUAACCAGCGCGCCCGGAAUAGCUAUCAUGAGUGAAAGGGUAUCUCAAGUAAUGGAUCUGAUAGCGCAAGGCGCCUUGGACGAUUCUGAUAGCGAAUCGGAAGAGGAGGAGCCGUCUGGUUUGGAAACGAUGCGGCUUGAAGGAACCAUGCGGUCGAAUAAGCCAAAAUCGUCACGAAGGGCCUUCGACGAAAGCACUCUGAAACCAGUAGGGCCACAAGCCGCAGCCGCCCGCGCCGAAGAAGCGCGACGAAGAGGAGAUUCGAACGCAGAUGAUGAGGACUCGUACAGCAACGGGACGAUCAGAUUCAAUAGCGGCGACUUGGCGGCAUCACCGAGCUAUCCGUCAGAUCCGUCGUUCGACUCUGGCACUAUGGGUGGAAUGUCGGGUACCAUGGUGAUCAAUACUGGGGGUUCCGUCUUAGGCACGAUGGUAAUAUCCAAGUCCGAAGAUGUUAAUACGGGGACUAUGCGGAGAGCGGACGAUUCCCCGUCCAAAGAUUAUCAACCAGCGUUCAUGAAGUACAUGCGAGGAAAAGGAGCGGAUCCGAUCGAGACUGGGACGAUGAAGCCAUUGAGGUUGAAUGCGAAUUCGCCGGUGGCACUAUCGCCUAACUCUGCGGGCGGGGCGAGUACCACUGGCGAGAACGGGCGAGCCCUGGCGCGAAAGCUGGGUAUCACAACGUCAACAAGUGGCUUACCCACAUCCACAGACGUACUAGCCACUUCACCAACGACGGUCGAGAGCCUUCAAGAGCUGCUAGCAAUCCUCGACGCCAGCCUGGAAAAGGAGCUAGAGACAACGCGGCUAAAAUACGCGAAUAAACGCGCACCCCUUGCAGACGCACUUGAAGCAAAGAAGGCCGCGUUGGCGGCGAAUGGGGGUUCUUUCUCGAGACAAUCGUCUUUUACGUCAUCGUGAGCGGAGCAUUUGGCCGUAGAUCAGCAGUCGCAGAAAUCUAUGUGGCUUCGGCGCAGUCCGUACUUUUUGGCAGCGAGCGGGACGUAGAGUGCAGCGGUUCCGAUUGGGAAAUCUACCCAUCACAAACUUUAAGAGAAAUGGACAUCACCGCGUGGGUUUUGGCUGGCAUUUUGGGCUUGUUCCACGGCUCGCCUUCACUAUUGUAUAUGUGUGUUUUUGAAGAGCCAAAUGGCCUAUCUCUGAGCACAACGUCUGAGCAAAGGUACCUUCGCCGUAAGCAGCGCACCCG